AUGCCGUCGGCCGAUUGCUUUGCCGGACUCUUCUUCUUCCACCGGAACUGGCUGUGCCCAGUCUGUGCUCAAAAGGGUCGUGUAGAGCUGCAGAACAAAGCAGAAAUUCUCUCUCCUCCAGCAGGCACCUCGGCUGACUUGGAACUUUCCAUCCAAACGAGAAUAGUUGCUAUCAGCGAUAUUUGGACCAAAUCAGGCCUAGUCUUGUCGACAGACGAGCAUUGCUUGACGCCUGUCGAAGGCACUCACGAACCGGAUCGGUGCCUGGAAUCGGCUAGAAUUUUGACCUUCAACCAGAUCGGAUCUCGCGACCGUGAAGGCCGUCUUCCAGUUGAUCCAGUUUCGAGAUGUGCAUUGCAGUUGGUUGAUGCUGCACACAUC